AUGGCCGUCAACUCGCCAGUUCUGCAAAAGCGUAGCUCGCAAUCUUUGGAAAACAUGUUCACGCACCUGCCUCCUGCCGGCAUUGUCACUCAAACAUGCACCGCUGUGGUCGACGCGGCCGCCAAGUUGCACGUAGCUGUCAACGAUGCACACAUUGACAAAGAAACAGAGAGCUUCAGUCUUUCCAGCGCCGUAACUAAGUUCGACGCCAAUGUCCUUGCUGCAGCUGUCAGCAUGGACUAUGAUGUACUCGAGGUGGGGGACAAGCUCGACAGCAAGACACAGCGGCGUCAAGAUCGUAUCAGCGCUGCCAACUGCCCUUCGGCACCUGAUGCAUCUGAUGACGGCAUUGAUGCUAUCGAGACACUUGCUAUGUCGGCUGUCACCUUGGACCUUUUCCACCUCCUUUGGGGCCAGGCCGGCUCCUUUGGCACUUUCUUCUUCUGCAAAACGCCAGAAAUGCUGAAAGCUUGUGAUCUGGCUGGCCAGCUCCAGCGCUCAAAACGGCUGGCCGAUGGCCAAGCUCGGCCACUGGAUCCAGAGCUGGCGCUGGCGGCAGCCAAUCUGCUGGAGCGAGAUCUCGCAAAUGGAAAGAGCCAGCACGAGCAAUGUCGUUUCGCACUUAUGACAGCAAGCAAGAAGUUCCACUGCUGCCACCUGAUCUUCAGGACGGCAGACGUAGUGGGAGGAAGCGGCCCGGGGGCCAUGGAUAUCCUGGCAGGCGGCGAGCAGCUUUUUGAUUUCAUGGAAUCCACUUCUUGGCCUGUCCGGAGCAUUGACGUGGAGUUGAAUUUGGAACUGGCGAAGUCAGAGCGGCCUCGCUUCGUGCGGUUCUCGCGGCUGCGAUUGCUAAACGUGGGCAGCCCUCCUAAGGCCUUGCCCGAACGUGGGCUUGGGUCUUUGUGUUCACUGGCACUCCCCGACCUGGCGGUGUUCGGGAUUCACGGAGCGACUUCCUUGGAGCCAGCUUCUGCAGUUCUUGGUGCGCAGAAGGCGGCGCAGAGCUCGGGGUGCAUGUCUUCUUCACCGAAGGUAAGAUUCUACGGUCACCCUUGUCCCAGCUAUGCGAAGACGCAGUACCUGUGCGAGUGGCCGAAAGUGCUACCAUUUGCUGAGGUGCGGCAUGAUGCGGAUCCCAUCGAGGAGCUUCUACAAACUCUCGUCGACUUUGCUGACGAGCAUGUGGAACAGGAAUGGAGCUUGCACGAUAGCUUGACACUCCUUUUCCGGUUCGUGCAGGCUGAUUCGGCUGCACGGCGGUCAUUUUGGAUAUGCAGUGGUCCAGCAGUCCUCUGUGCAAUGUUGCAUAUCGUUGAACCCACCCACAGCCUGUUGGUUUGGCACUGCCGACACCUUCUUGAUGGAUUGGGUGCUCAGACAAAUGGCACUUCGACUGCUCUGCUGGGGCUCUUGCGGACCAUGGCAUCUCCAGCCAGGCCACCGUGCUAUUUUCUUUCCUGUGAAGCCUUUGCUGCCAAGCAGGUGGCUUGGCAACUCACUAUGCCUGAGCCGCAGGUCCAGAAGCGCUUGGCACUCUAUGUGGAGCAGUACAAGUGGGAAGGGCUGCAAGGGAGGCUUCUUGGGGCGUUGGUCUUACGCUCCAUGUUGUGGUCGCGAGUGCCUGGAAUGUACUUUCGGGCUGUUCUACAGGCUUUCCUUCGCGAGAAUUCCCAAGCAGUCGGCCUCAACUUUCGUUUUGCAAACGAUGUCGGCUUCGUGCCCUACUCCGACAUGGCCCUUCACCGUUGUGGUGUGCUGGUCCCCAACGACUUAACGAUGUCUGCAUUCUCAGAGGCCUUUGCAAUGGGGCUUCCUCUUUUUCUUCCUUCCGACGAGUGGCUGUACAGGCUGCAGAAAUCGGUGCCGUAUGGCUUUAUGGUCCAUGGAACUUCUCUAUUGUUUGCUGCACCUGAUCACGAUGGGCGGCGAAGCAGUUCGCUGCUGCCGGCUUGGCACGAAAAGUCGCAAUCCGUAUUGGCGGUAAUGAGCUGGCUCAGGUUGUCAGACUUUUCUACAUGGCCCGCAACGCUCCGCUUCAGCUCCAUACCGGAUCUUCUUGAAGGCCUGGUGACGACAGAUUUCCGAUCUGUCAGUCACAGGAUGCUUCGGUGGACCUCUGCAAAGAAGGACGAGACCUUGCGUCGAUGGGCCGGGCUUCUGAGAGGCAUGCAUGAUGGUUCUGCUUGGUCGGACUCCGAGCCGAGGAUGGAGCACGGGGCAAAACAGUCCGAGGAGGUGAUGGAUUCCAGCAGGGACGAUCUGCUCUAUGCAGCAUUGGCAUGCGAGCACGAGACAUUUGACAAAUUCGGAUGGCCAAGUUUCCGCGCAGUUCUCGAGAUGGAUGCAGUUAACGGUUUUGCGACGAAGAACAGCGCUGCCUUCACUGAGCUUGCCAUUUCUGCGUUACGACAGGUGCGAACCUUUGGCAGAGCCGCUGUCCAGAAUUCCUUAUGGCUAAUUGAACCAGUGAGCGCCAGUGCAAUGCCUUAUGUCAGCAUACGCUUGAGUCACCAUGGCGAAUGCCAUUUUGGCUCAAGCAACUGGUGUUCGCGCACAGCACUUCUGUGA